AUGACUUUCGCACAGCAAUUCUCCGACAAAGUUGUCGCCAUCACUGGUGGUGCCUCUGGCAUAGGUCUCGCAACAGCCCAUCUCCUUGCUGAGCGAGGAGCCAAACUGUCUCUCGCUGACGUCCAGGAAAAGGCUCUUCAACAAGCUCAGUCCGAUAUAAAGUCCAAGUACCCCGAAAGUGAUGUCCUCAUUUUUACUGUGGACGUCAGGAACUACGAGCAGGUUGACAAGUGGAUCACAGAGACUGUGAAGCAUUUUGGAAAGCUUGACGGAGCGGCAAACCUGGCCGGAAUCAUCCCCAACUCAAUUGGUCUCAAAGGAAUCGACGAGCAAGACUUUGACGAAUGGGACCUCAUUCUCAGUGUCAACUUGACUGGGGUCAUGCAUUGUCUCAAGGCUCAGCUGCGUGUCAUUGAGAACACAGGAGCAAUCGUCAAUGCAAGCAGUAUUGCUGGCCUUAUUGGACGGAACAAAAACGCAUCAUACGUAGCCAGUAAGCAUGGCGUCAUGGGCUUGACGAGGAGUGCUGCAAAAGAAGUUGGGCCGAAGGGCAUUAGAGUCAACGGCAUCUGCCCGGACAUGAAGAUUGUCGUCGAGCCAUCUUUGAAGCGGGUCGGUCAGCCGAGGGAGGCGGCAACUGUGAUCGCUUUCUUGCUCAGUGACGAGGCAAGUUACAUCUCGGGUGCUGCUAUCGGUGUUGAUGGUGGAUGGAACUGCUGA